UGCCGCCAGCGGAAAGCAAAGGUUGUGAAAACUAGUCAUAUAUCAUACACCAAGGUCAACAUUAACAUUGCCCUAGUGUUCAAAAACGCGGCCUUCGUGUGUACAAUGUAUGCGAGGCAACAGGAAAUGCGUCUAUUCUUCCAAAGUUCAUCGGACCCCAUUGACACGCGAACUAACAGACAUAGAAACCUCACCAGAGUUGAAACCCGGCUGCAAAUGCUCGAAAGUGCACUAGGAAAGUUAUUUCCAAGCGGAGAGAUGGAAGACAUCACUCGCUCUAUACUUGCAGAUGAAUCACCCAGAGAUGCUCCGACCUCUGUUGAUACCGAUAAGCGAAUAUUUCAAGAUAUCCGCUUUGACCCCGAUGCUACGGUGUUGGGCGGUGCGUUUGACGCUACCAACCAGAUGUUUCAAGGUGACUCGAGCUUUGCAGCGCUGGGGAUAGAAUCCCAAGCCCAAGAUCCAUUUCUUGAAUAUAUAUUCAGCGAACCGAGUCUGACUAGUGGGUCGGUGACGUCUAAAAAGGAUGAAAGAGGGUUUAUCGACAGAUAUUUCCUACAUUACCACACGAUUUAUCCAUAUGUACAUGAGACGAGCUUCCGGUCAAAUUUUGAAACCCCACCGAGAACCUGUCAAUCCUGGCCAAUUCUUUCUGAUAUGGUUUUAGCCUUUGGCUCGUGGCUUUCCUCCGAUAACCACGGCGGCGGCGGGGGAGGAUACUACGCAAAGGCACAACAUCAACUUCAACAAAUUCCCUUAUCAGACAAAGGGAACAUCACCCUGAUCCAAGCGUUGCUACUUUUGAGCGACUUCGCACAAAGGCAGGGAAGCCCCGAGGAAAGCUUGCAUUUUGUUGGCACCGCUGUUCGAAAGGCGGUCGCUCUCGACUUGCACAUUGAGUCGUCGAAUCCGGAACUUACAGCGCUUGACAAGGAGAUUAGACGCCGUGUCUGGUGGGCUACAUACUGUGCGGAGAGUUGCUCCGCUAAAAUAUAUGGACGGCCGCUCAUACUCCCAGAGGAUGGAUUGAUGACAGUCAAUCCCGUCACAAACACUCAUGAUCUGGAUCCGACUUCCUUAACAUUAUCCUUCCCAACACCCACGGACGAACCGACUAUAUAUUCUGGUUUGAUAAAGCAGUCAAGCUAUCAUCGUAUGGCAAACUACAUAAACCGCCAACUCCUGUCGAGCUCCAACAUCACUCCAGGUCAUAUUCAGCGGUUCGAGCAAAUGAUAAACGAAUGGCACAGCAAGAAUCCAUCUUUCUUUACACGGCUAGUCAGGGUUGACUCUGUGAAAGAGUGGGAUUUGACAGCUCGGCGUCGCCAAUCGCUAUGUGACCAAAGUCUACGUCUUCUCAUCCAUAGACCAUUUCUACUUCAAUGGCUGAAGACUAAGUCUAUGGACAAGGACAGUGCACUUCCUGCAGAAGAGUACUCCGCGGAGGCACAGUGUCGUGUAAAGGGCGUCACUAUUGCGCGCAACACAAUCGGACAAAUUUCAGAAUGGAUCAUAAAAGGACAGACUUCCAGAUUACAUUUGUCUUUCACACUAUAUGCUCUUUUCCAUGCUCUCCUAGUUCCAGUCAUCCAUAUCAAAGGGAACCCCUCUUCGCCUGAGUCAAUAACGCACAUCCAAGACAUCGAAAGGGCGAAGAUAGCUUUGAAACAUCUUCAGGUUGAAGGGGAUGCUCUUUCCCAAUCCUUUAUCAUCGUACUAGAUCGUCUUUUUGCUGUGGUAUCUCAAUCUAUUAAAAGAGGCAGCUACCAACGAUUACCUGGCGAAGAUGCAACCUCUUCCAAACCAGGUGAUUUCCAGAUACCCGGGAAGAAUAUUUUCGGAAAUGAGGAGCUGGCAGUCCUUGAGAAUGUAGCUCUCAAGGGGCAAUCUGGAGUUGAUUUUUCAGAAUGGUUAAACUAA